UCGCGUCUGCGCGGUGCAGGCGGCGGGCAGCGCAGAGUGAGAGGCUCUUUUGUUCGGCUGAGGGGAGGGCCGCUGGUGGGGCCUGCGGUACGCCGCUGCAGCUCGGCGUUCGACUGCGGCCGUCCGGCUUUCUGCUCCUCUGGGCGCUACUCCCUCGGGCCGCCCGACGCCACGCGCUAAGAGCGCGGUACCGAUUCCUCUCGGACUCUCGGGCGCUGCUACGAGCAGUGUCACCCUUUACACCGGAAAGCUGGCGGGUGCUAUGGGAAAAAAACAGAACAAGAAGAAAGUGGAGGAGGUACUAGAAGAAGAGGAAGAAGAAUAUGUAGUGGAAAAAGUUCUCGAUCGACGAGUUGUCAAGGGCAAAGUGGAAUAUCUUCUAAAGUGGAAGGGUUUCUCAGAUGAGGACAACACAUGGGAGCCAGAAGAGAACCUGGAUUGCCCUGACCUUAUUGCUGAGUUUCUACAGUCACAGAAAACAGCUCAUGAGACAGACAAAUCAGAGGGAGGCAAGCGCAAAGCUGAUUCUGAUUCUGAAGAUAAGGGGGAAGAAAGCAAACCAAAGAAGAAGAAAGAAGAGUCAGAAAAGCCACGAGGCUUUGCCCGGGGUUUGGAGCCUGAGCGGAUUAUUGGAGCUACUGACUCCAGUGGAGAACUCAUGUUCCUGAUGAAAUGGAAAAACUCUGAUGAGGCUGACCUGGUCCCUGCCAAGGAAGCCAAUGUCAAGUGCCCACAGGUUGUCAUAUCCUUCUAUGAGGAAAGGCUCACGUGGCAUUCCUACCCCUCAGAGGAUGAUGACAAAAAAGACGACAAGAAUUAGCCCUCUUGAGUGCCAGCCCCUGUCACCUUCGACUGUGGGUUCCAAGUGGGGAGGGAAGGAGUUCUACUUGUCUUGACACCAUAGAGGUGGCUUGAGAAGAUGUCCUUUGAAGAGCCAGCAUAGUUUCUGUGCCCUGCAGCAGCCCAAGUGCUUUAACUCGUUUCAAGCUGUAUAGUUUGCACACCCAUCCCAGUGGAGGGGAAGGGGUAAGUGUUUCAAGGCAACCCGUUCUGCGCUUUGCUAAGAAAGCGGAGGGCCUUCCAUGAAGGACAAAACCUGCAGAACUGGGGUGUGGGAGAGCAAAGAUACUGUCUAUCUUCAAAGAGCAUCUCCACAACCCACAGCCUUCUUCCCAAUAGUGUUAACUGCAUUUUUACAGCCUAGCAUGUGUGUAGUUUUUGGCUAUUACUGGUAUAUUCAUUAGG